UGAAAGCUGCUCUCUGAUUGGUCGGCUGGAUUCCACCCUCGGGCAGGUCCAUGUCUCCGGGGCUGUUGGAGCUUCAGCUUGAAGACAUCUGCAGCUUGAAGAGGAAGGAGGAGCCGUGUUCUUCAGCGGUUCUACCCUGUUAGUUAGCAGCUAUCCGGGUCCGGUUCGGCUCGGUCCUGCUCUGGGUCAGAUCCGUCCUCUCAGCUCUUUAUUGAUCGGUGAUCGGUACCGUCCGGAGCUCAGGCAGCCGCUUCUCCUCUGCUCCUCGUCCCGUCGACUCCAGGCAGGAACAUGCUCCGUGUGGCGGGGGCUGCGGGCCGCUCCUGGAGGGGCUUUAAGACGUUCUCCUGUGCAGCUGUAGAGGUGAAGAAUGAGCCCGUUCUCAGUUUUUCUGAGGGGAGUCCGGAGCGGGCGGAGCUCCUGCAGGUUCUGGACCGUCUCAAGGGUCAGACAGAGGAGAUCCCUUGUGUGGUGGGAGAUGAACACGUGUGGACCAAAGACAUCAGAUACCAGCUGUCUCCCUUCAACCAUUCUCACAAAGUGGCAAAGUUCUGCUAUGCUGACAAGGAGCUCAUCAGUAAGGCCAUCCAGGCUUCGGUGGCAGCCAGGAAAGAGUGGGACCUGAAGCCCAUCCAGGACCGGGCCCAGGUCUUCUUCAAGGCCGCCGAUGUCAUCAGUGGACCCAAACGAGCAGAGAUCCUGGCCAAGACCAUGAUUGGACAGGGCAAAACUGUGGUUCAGGCAGAGAUCGAUGCCGCCGCAGAGCUCAUCGACUUCUUAAGAUUUAACGCCAAACACGCCGUGGAGCUGGAGGCGCAGCAGCCAAUCAGCACGAAGGAGAGCAGCAACACCACGCUGUACCGAGGGCUGGAGGGCUUCGUGGCAGCUGUGUCUCCAUUUAACUUCACUGCCAUCGGAGGAAACCUCGCAGGAACUCCAGCUCUCAUGGGUAACGUAGUCCUCUGGAAACCCAGCGACACAGCUCUGUCUUCCAGCUACCUGGUCUACAGAGUCCUGCGUGAGUCCGGUCUGCCUCCUAACAUCAUCCAGUUCCUGCCGGCUGAUGGUCCAGUGUUCGGGGACACCGUCACCUCGUCCCCUCACCUGGCGGGGAUCAACUUCACCGGCAGUGUGCCGACCUUCAAGCGUCUGUGGAAGCAGGUGGCCCAGAACCUGGACAUCUACAGGACCUUCCCUCGUCUGGGUGGAGAGUGUGGAGGGAAGAACUUCCACCUGGUCCACAGUUCUGCAGACAUCCAGAGCGUGGUGAUGGGGACCAUCCGCUCUGCCUUCGAGUACGGAGGACAGAAGUGCUCAGCCUGCUCCAGGAUGUACGUCCCUCACAGCACCUGGCCUCAGAUCAGACAGCAGCUGCUGGACGUCCACAGAGACAUCAAACUGGGAGACCCUGUGGAGGACUUCAGCACCUUCUUCUCUGCGGUCAUCGAUGAUAAGUCCUUCGCUCGGAUCAGGAAGUGGUUGGACCACGCCAAGUCCUCCCCGAACCUCAGCAUCAUCGCCGGAGGACGCUGUGACGAUCAGAAAGGUUACUUUGUGGAGCCGACCAUCAUCGAGGCCAAGGACCCGCAGGAUCCCAUCAUGAACGAGGAGAUCUUUGGACCGGUUCUGACUGUUUAUGUUUAUCCUGAGGAGGACUACCAGGAGGUUCUGCAUCUGAUUGACACAACCUCUCCAUAUGCGCUGACAGGAGCCGUGUUUGCUCAAGACACGAAGGUGAUUGAUGAGGCCUCCAGGGUUCUGAGAAACGCCGCAGGGAACUUCUACAUCAACGAUAAAUCCACCGGUUCCGUCGUGGCCCAGCAGCCAUUUGGAGGCGCCAGAGCUUCAG